AAGCUAACGAGAGACCAAUUAAUCACCCAGUGAGAGACCUAAUACUAAAUGUUAGUCUCUUUCCCCCAGUCUCACCUUUUAUUCAGAAUUAAUCCACGUCUCAUUCUCGUCCAGGGUUACUUUUUCUUUUGCAAACAAAGGAAUGAGAAAACCUGAAGGGAGCUGAGCUUGGCUUGUCAACACACGUUAUCUCUAAGGCUCACUGUUCUGUUCCUUGUCAGCUUUUUAUACAGGGAGCUUAAAAGUGUGAUCCGACUGAAAAAAGGCUGUCAAAAUGCAGAUACUAUUUGGUGGAUAAAGUGACUGUGCUUUGUUCAAAUAGCGAGGGUGACGACAAUGAUAUCAAGAGCAUGGCAAAAAUGUCAAGAAACUGCAAGCGACAAGCGUUGCGCGAGCCGUUCGCGUUGCUGAGGCCAAUUGCAGACCACGCACCGAACUGCAUCGGGCAGAUGGAGAGCCCAACACGUAUUGUUGCUGGUCACCAGCGGCCAGACAAAUUUCAUCCGGUCGAGCAAGGGCAACGAAUCGCCUGCAGCCGGGCAUCAGAACAAACGCCACCAGUUCCGGCCGCAUGUUUGGGCUGCGAAUGCGACUGUACAAAAUAUAUCCGAACGUCAGCGAAACAUCCAAUACCCACAGCCCUGCUGAUGCGUUACAUGAAGCGGGAAAUGGAGCAAGGCGGCGUCAUAAACAAACUGUACGGCAUCAAUUUCUAUAACAACUCCCAGCCGCAGUGCGAAUGCGUCCAGCCGGAUGCGGAGGCGGUGCUCAUCCAGCUGCGCACGCUACUGUCGCCGCACGGCCCGGCGACGGCAGCAGAGCAACAGCACUUAAUGGAGCAUGUGGAGCAGCUGUUGUUGCUGCCGCCGGAGCGACUGGCGCUGGUGCUGGAGCAGUGCUUUCUGUGCGGAAUGCUAAGCGCCGCACAGUUGCGCCGGCUGCAGCAGCUGCUGCCGAUGCACAAUGCGCUGAUGAGAUUCUUUAGGCGCUUGGUAUCGGAGCUGCCGCAUUUCCAUUACGAUAUGUCGCUGGCCGAGCAUGUGGAGCUGCUGCAGCUGUGUCUGAUGCUGCACGAUACGAAUGCCAGGCCGCAGGCACGUCGCCUGCUGGCAGCGACCAUGAAGCACAUGUGCCGGCUGCAGCAAACGCAGCUGAUGCAGUUCCUCGAUCAACUGAAUCCUGCACAGCUGCAGCGGCUGUGCCAGCACCUAAAAUAUAGCUACAUACGCAUAUCCGGCCGGCAGCUGCAGCAAUUGCUGCACACAACGUUCCAUGUGCUGAAAUUGAAGCCCGGCCUCAGGCUGCAUCACUGCGACAAGCAGCUACUGUUCGAGCUGGUCAGCAUGCCGGCGGAGGAGCCGUUGACCAUAAAACAGCGACAGUUUCUGCAAUCGCUGCUCGAUCAUUUGCUGCCCAUGAUCAAGGCCGAGCAAUUGCUCUGGCUGCAGGAUCUCAAUCUGAACAAUACACGAUUGCGUCGCUUUCAUCUAAUGCUCCACAAUCCGGCCCUGCUCUGUGAUCUGCAGCAGAUGAAGCAGCUCUAUAGGCAUCUGCAGCAGCUCUGCCAAUAUCGUUGCAUCUAUGCCUAGCCAGCCGCAUUGAAGGCUUGGAUCGAUUAGUGACUCAGCAUCUUUCCAGCUCCUUCAUUAGCUUAUGUAUUACCGUAGGGUAACUCCAAAAGAAAUUCCGCAUCAUCUUAGGCUUGAUCUUGAUAGAGUCAAGUGACUAGUCGAACUCUCCAUAAGGAGUUAACUGAUUAGGAAUUCUACCUAAGGCUAACUUGGCGUACUUGUAGCUCUUUUGAUUUUGGUUCGAGCGGUCUAUGAUAAAAUGAAUUUCCUGCUCCGGUUCAUCGCCAUUCUACAUUCAUCUUCAAUUCGAAAGCAAACUUAAGGAACGGCAACAUUCUGUUACUUUCUUUAUGAAAUUGUCAGUACGGAUUGUUGGCAUAUUUAAAUAUACGGAUCGAAAGCUGCCAUAGAAUAAUUGGUUGUAUAUGUGUGGAGAAACUUUGUUGUUUAUGAAGUUAUCGAGAUAUCUAGUUUUAUCGGACUACUAUAUCAUAUAGAUGCAUGCAGGAAAUGCAUGCCGACAAGGGCAUUGAGUCUUCGGUGUGCUGUACACUCCUGUAAACUGUACAGUGGCGAGUGAGAAGCAAGAGAAGUUCGAUCAUAUCUGGAACUGUAAGCGAAAAUAAAACGUGCGCACUUUUUACUAUUUUCAUCGAAGUA